GUUCGUCAAAUGGCUGUAAGGCAAUUGCAAAUGGCAAAAGUCUGUGGAAUUUGUUCACUGCAAGGACAUCCCACCGAUAUGUGUCCAACAUUGCAACAAGACUCCAUGCAAGAAGCUAAUGCUCUAGGAGGAUUUGCUGGUCAACCUCAAAGGAAGUAUGACCCCUUUUCUAAUCAUUACAAUCCUGGAUGGAGAGAUCACCCGAAUUUGAGCUAUGGGAACCAAGAAGGACAAUAAAAGUAUCCUUCCCAGAAUUUCAAUAGACAACCUUAAGCUUCAAAUUCAGGUAUGUCUUUGGAAGAUAUUAUUCAAAAUCUUGCUAACAAUGCUCUUCAAUUUCAACAGGAAACAAGGUUAAGCAUUCAGAGUUUAGGCAAUCAAAUUACUCAACUGGCUACGUCGGUUAGUAAAUUGGAGGCUCAAAAUUCUAGAAAACUACCUUCACAACCAGAGAUAAAUCCAAAGGAGAAUGUUAGUGCAAUUUUUCUUAGAAAUGGAAAGGAGAUUCCUUCAGGGUUGAUUCCACUUAAAAAAGGUGAACCAAGCAAGGAAAAAGAAGAAAAAGAAGCUUCCUCUAAAGCAUCACGUGGGGUAAAAUUCGAUCCUCCUCUAUCUCUUUCAUCUCACACUCCAUUACCUCGUUUUCCUAGCAGAUUAGCUAAGCCAAAAGAAGAUGAGCAAGAAAAGGAGAUCCUUGAUACAUUUAGGAAGGUGGAGAUAAAUAUCCCAUUAUUGGAUGCUAUCAAACAAAUUCCUAAAUAUGCAAAGUUCUUGAAGGAAUUAUGCACAAACAAAAGAAGGAUGAAGGAAAAGGAGAAAGUGGUAGUAAGUAAGAAUGUGUCGGCCAUCUUGCAAAAGAAUAUGCCCGAAAAAUGCAAGGAUCCAUCAGCCAUCACCAAAACUUUCUAUUUUCACUGGGCGGUUCUACCUCCUUUCCCACUAUCACCACUCACUAUUCAGUCCGAAUUACUUGCAAAUCAGGGGAGUUUCAUAUCUCUUUUCAUUUCUUUUGUGAGCCAUUUUCUUUUUGAUACAUUGAGGACAAUGUAUAGUUUAGGUGUGGGGGAGGAAUAUGAUAAUUAUAUGAUUUUCUUUUCUUUUUGAAAAUAUUUUUUUUAUGCUUAUAAUUAGGUAUGCUUUAAUUCAUAUAUGCUACUUUUUCUUUUCCAACCUUGAGUUUUAUUUUGAUAACCUGGAAUACCAUGUAAGUUAGAAAUACAUUUUUGGUUUGAAUUUCAAUACAUGAAAGGGGAUAAGCAUGAUUAGUGUUUCUUUAAAACUAUCCGAAGGUAUCUCAUUAGUUUAUUGAUUGAAAAACGCACAAGACUUGAUACAAAUGUAAACAUUCAAGUGAGCUUUUGAGCCAAAGAGCAGUUCAUUAUGUUUUGCUCUAAUUAUUUUUGAUAUUGAGUGUUAUCAAACUAGUAUGAUUAUUCUAGAACUUGCUUCUGAAUUCAUAUUGAGACCACAUUUUUUGGAUUGAUGCUUUAAUAUGAUAAGGGCAAUUAGGAUUAACCUAUUCUUAGACUCUUAAAAUACCUACCGUGUUGAUUUCCUUUUUAGUUAGCCACCUUGAGCCUAUUUUCCAUUUUCUUUGUUAUUUUUAACACAUGUUGUUUAACCCAAGACCUUUCGUUUGCUACCUCUAUUUUUCUACCCUUGUCAAGGCAAAAAGGGAAGUGUUGCAUGGUACAAAUGAAACAACAA